GAGAGGCAAGGCAAAAUCUGGAGCACAACCCGAGCACGCAAGAACAGGGAGGAAGCAGGAGGCCGGGGAGGAAUCUCACGGGGGGGAGAUUUUCCGAUGGCGGAGGGGGCGAAGCCGGACGCGCAGCUGUUCCAGCUCCUCUCCGACCUUCUCCAGCAGGUGGAGUCUAUGAGCAACCAGGAAGAAGUAGAAUUGCGUGCUAAGAUUGAAGCACUAGGCCUUGAAGUCACUAAGGUACCAGAGCAAACACCUAAGCAACUUGACGAGUUAGAGAUUGCAGCAGAGCUGGACAAACUAUCAGCAAGGCUUGAUAAUGUUGACAAGAUGAUAUCUUCUGCCAUGGCCUCAGAUCCAGAGGUGAAAUCUCUUUUGAGUAGCACUGCUGAUAUCUGGAUGCCCGUCAUCACCGCCUCUGCCGACGAAAGGCGGGGAUUUGUAGGUACAAGUGGUGAAAGCAGCAAGGAAGAGCAGGAGAAGUCUGAACAAUAGCAGAUACAGCCUUCUCCUACAUGUACCUUUUCAGGAGAAUUUCAUCCCUACCAUGUAUCAAUUUUUUUGGACAAAAGGAAACAAUAAGCACACAUCCUGUCCAUGUACACUGAUUCAUGAGACGGUAAAUAAAUCUGUUGAGUGUCAAACCCUGUGGUGGCCAUUUUUGUAUACCAAUUAUUGGUUUUUUUAGGCUGUUAUUUUUCAGUUUCCAUUCUCAAACCUGCGGAUGUAAAGUGCAGAAGUAUGCAGCUAGGAACCACAACAUUUUUAUCUGGAAAUGCAUCAAGGUCGUACCACUAUCUGUAUGAUGAUGUUGAUUGGAGUC